UGUUUGAAGCCUGACUGCCCACCAGAAAGGAUUGCUCUUUGGGUGAGUUGAACUUCUUCCAUCGGAGAAAGAAUUGAAAGCUAAGAAACUCAGGUAAGUACUUUGUGGUGAAUAUACUUUUACCUUCUUGGUCUCCUCAUCUCCCAGGUGGUAACAAAGAAAAAGACUAAAGCCUAUAUGUGUGUAUAGUGGAGAGGAGCAGAGGGAACUGAAUGCAGAGAGGAUCCUGAAUACAGGAUGCUGAAUAGAGAGAGGGGACUUCUGGGGGUCUUUAGGGACGGAGAAGGAAUUAGUAAGGUUGGAGGAUGCUGGGUUUACUGAGAGCAACAGGACAGAUAUUGAAGAGGACUGAAGUUUGAAGCAGAAUAAGACUAAGAUAUUUAGGCAAGAGAUAUUUAUAUAAAAACUUGGGGAAAUAUUUGAGAAUGGUAAGGACUAAGAACCUAAGGAGAGAGUUAGGGAUCUUGAGAUGUAGAGGACUGGGAAUGGCUCAGGAGGAUAGUGAAUUACGGUGAGGUCCAGGAGCAGUUCAGAUGCCCAGGGUCCCAGAGCUGUUCAAGAGAUCCAAGUUAAGUUGAAUGCUAGGUUCUGAUUCCUUCUUCCUUUUCCACCUUCUGCCUCUUUUAGCCUCUAACAUGUGGAACACGUCUGAUGCCAACUUCUCCUGCUACCAUGAGUCUGUGCUGGGCUAUCGUUAUGUUGCAGUUAGCUGGGGGGUGGUGGUGGCUGUGACAGGCACCGUGGGCAAUGUGCUCACCUUACUGGCCUUGGCUAUCCAGCCCAAACUCCGUACCCGAUUCAACCUGCUCAUAGCCAACCUCACCCUGGCUGAUCUCCUCUACUGCAUGUUCCUUCAGCCCUUCUCUGUGGACACCUACCUCCACCUUCACUGGCGCACCGGAGCCACCUUCUGCAGGGUAUUUGGGCUCCUCCUUUUUGCCUCCAACUCUGUCUCCAUCCUGACCCUCUGCCUCAUCGCACUGGGACGCUACCUCCUCAUUGCCCACCCUAAGCUUUUUCCCCAAGUGUUCAGUGCCAAGGGGAUAGUGCUGGCACUGGUGGGCACCUGGGUUAUAGGCGUGGCCAGCUUUGCCCCACUCUGGCCUAUUUAUAUCCUGGUACCUGUAGUCUGCACCUGCAGCUUUGACCGCAUCCGAGGCCGGCCUUACACCACCAUCCUCAUGGGUAUCUACUUUGUGCUUGGGCUCAGCUGUGUUGGCAUCUUCUAUUGCCUCAUCCACCGCCAGGUGAAACGAGCAGCACAGGCACUGGUCCAAUACAAGCUGCGACAGGCAAGCAUCCACUCCAACCACGUGGCCGGGACUGACGAGGCCACGCCGGGUCGUUUCCAGGAGCUGGACAGCAGGUUAGCAUCAGGAGCACCCAGUGAGGGGAUUUCGUCUGAGCCAGUUAGUGCUGCCACCACUCAGACCCUGGAAGGAGACUCAUCAGAAGUGGGAGACCAGAUCAACAGCAAGAUAGCUAAGCCAAUGGCGGAGAAAAGCCCUCCAGAAGCAUCUGUCAAAGCCCAGCCAACUAAAGGAGCCCAAAGAACUCCGGAUUCUUCGUCGGAAUUUGGGAAGGUGACUCGAAUGUGUUUUGCUGUGUUCCUCUGCUUUACCCUGAGCUACAUCCCCUUCUUGCUGCUCAACAUUCUGGAUGCCAGAGUCCGGGCUCCCCGGGUGAUCCACAUGCUCGCUGCCAACCUCACCUGGCUCAACAGUUGCAUCAACCCUGUGCUCUAUGCAGCCAUGAACCGCCAAUUCCGCCAAGCAUAUGGCUCCCUUUUAAAACGAGGGCCCGGGAGUUUCCGUAGGCUCCAUUAGAACUGUGACCCCAGUCACCAGAAUUCAGGACUGUCUCCUCCAGAAGCAAAGUGGCCAGCUGAUAGGAGAAUAGGUGAAAUAACACCUGUGGGCAUUUUCACAACCACCUCUCCCCAGCCUCCCAAAUCAAGUUUCCCCAUCACUGGAUCAAUGUUUCAGCCCUAGACGGCUCAAGGAGCAUUAUUAACUGUUAAUAAAUAAAUUCUGUGCUU